AUGAUUUAUGUAAGGUCAAUUAAUCAAGAUACCAAAAAUCAAAUGAUAAUCUUGGAUUUUAGUACAUUUUAAGUCACUACAUAAAUGAAUAAACGUGAAUUGGCAGAGUUCAGAAAGGAAGUUAGAAAUAACAUUUUACAUCGAGAACCAUUCGUUGAACCUCAAGAAAAGCCAAGUCUCUAUUUAGGAAAAUGGGGAAAACCUGAUAGACCAACCCUGUAAGAAAUCUUAAUAUUUAGCGAACCAUUAAGUUAAAGGAGAACACCAAAUAGCAAAAUUCCAGGAGGGUUGAAUUUCGAUGAAAUAUUUUCAAAACGAUUUGAACCUUAAUCUAAAGCAGUACCCUUAAGCAAAUUAUACCAAGCUGAUAAAGGCCCUUAGAGAUAGUAUAAGGCGGAUUCGUUUUUUGAUAACUCCUUUAGUAAACCCUCAAGAGUGAAUACUUUAGGCUCUGGAUACAAAGAAUCUCCAUAAAAAUCACAAUAAAGGUUGGAGAGAUUUAAGAGUUGGGAUAAUAUAUUAGAUGUUCAAUUGAAACUGUAAAACAAGGCAAUCAGCAAUACAGUGCUUGGAGAAUAGCCAGGAUUUUACAAAUAUAUCAAUGAAACAAAACAAGGACUCUUUGAUUAACACUAUGCUCCUGCACUGACAGUUAAAAACAAAGGCAGCAGUAGAGAUCUUAGUUAGUUCUAAAACAUCUACAGUGUAACUCCUAGAUAAAAUUAAUCACGACAUCUAUCACCUUAGUUUACAAAUAAAAACUUAGAGAAAAUUCCAUUAACAGAUAUCGUUAGAAUGACUUCACAUUUUUCUUCGUUGUCCUCAUAAGAAGUUAAGAAGGUUUCCUCUGGGUACUUUUAAGAACUCAUUAAUUUAUAAUAAUCCUUGCAAAGAAUGAUUAGAAUGGGAACCAACAAUUAUUGAAUUAUUAAAUAUUAUUACUAUUGAUUUGGAAAAGUUUAAUUUCAU